ACCGUACCGAGGCUGACCGAGGCGCGAGCCGCGAGUGGUGUCUGUGUCUGGGACGGUGCGGUCGUCGCCAGGCAAGGGCAGGAAAAAUGGCUGCCGCGGCGAACGUUGCGCCGGAGAAUCAGUACUUCUACGAGGAUGUCGUCUACCGCAUGGACAAGCGCGGCAAUGUCGUCUUCGGCAUCGUCAUGGAGAACGACGACCUGGACCUGUCGGACGAGAGCAGCGACAACGAGGAGAAUCAGCCGAAGCGCAAGAAGGGCGAGAUCCGCAUGAUCUGGCAUCCGUCCGGUGUCGAGGAGCUGGUCAACUGCAAGAAGGUUCAUCUGGCCGACAGGACACUCAUGCCUGGAGACGUGGUGCGUAGGAUGAUCAAGGGAAAGGACACGCAGAGGGGCUACUGCCGGGACGUGGAGCUGACAGCCUGCGUGCAGGUCAUCGGUACCAAACAGGUUCUCACGGACAUCAAGAGCGAGGAUCUCAUUCCGUUGCAGGAAUUUGCGACAGAUAUGGCGGUGUGCCUGGACUCCUGGGUCGGCGGCAUUAGAAUGACACACUUCAAAUUGUGGCUGGUGACGCCAGAUGGAUCUCAUUGCGUCAUAAACGAGAUGGAUUCCUGUGUGCUGGGACAGCUGGAAGAGGCGCGAGAUAGCGACAAUGAUUUUCCACAUCCGACCGAAUUCUACCCUGGCCAGAGCCUGUGGGGACCGGUUCAUUGCCUGGAGGAGGCGCAGUGGAUACAGUGCACGAAGGAGAUGAAGGCCAAGAGGAAAUUGAAACCACAAAAAAUAACCAAAGUGAUCGUGGAAAAGGUGGAGACCGAUUGGAUAGGCGUGCAUUGGCAGUGCCGGGCGUACUCGAAGGAGGGCUGGUCCGAUCAGGUUCAACCCAAGUUCGUGGUCGAGGGUGAAGAUCUGAAGAAGAUAAAACUGCUAAACGUAUUCGAGCCGUCGACGGUGCAGGUCGGCAAUCGUAAUUUCUACAUCAUCAAGGGCAACGAGAACGUUAUCACGCGUGAGCAGUGGCGAAAGCAGCAGAGGGAUAUUUAUCAAGUUCCUAAGCAAAGCCCAAAGAAGACGCGUCCGAAUAUCAUGGUGACGAAGUUGAUGGAAGACAAGAAGAAGGAGCAGAAGAAGGACAAAACGUCCGAUCAGCCAUCGACGCAGGAUAACGGCCAAAGUAACGGCAUCAAUUCUCAAGAUACCAUAAUCAACAACGUUUUGAUACCGCCACCGCAAAAUCAACACGCCGAGAGCUCGGACGAGUGGGAUACGGAAGACACGGGUUCGCAAAGUGACUCUACUUCGGUUUCUAGCUGCUGCUCCAGCAUGUCAUCAGUGGGAAAGAAAAAGAAGGGUCCUGCAUUGAUGACGAAAGUGCUGAAGAAAAAGAAAUUGCGAAAAGCGAAAAAGAAAGUGCCGCCGGUUCCUUUAAUUCCCGGGACUAAGAUAGUCGUAGAAACGCUGUCCACUAAUACGAAAGCGAAUGUGGUGUGGCAAGACGGCUCAGUAGAAUUUGGAAUACCAUCAACACAAUUGUAUCCAAUUCAUCACCUAGAUGAUAAGGAAUUUUUCCCAGGUGACUUUGUUGUAGACCAGAAAGAAGAGGCUAGAAUGUAUGGCGUUGUACAAAGUGUUGAUCAUCAAGGCCGUACUGCCAAGAUAAAAUGGUUCCGUACAUAUACCUCUAGUCAAAACCCGGAACCGAUCUUUCUGGAGGAGCGUGAAGUGAGCGUUUACGACUUGAAGGAUCAUCCAGACUUUCAAUACCGACCGGGAACUCUGGUGAUUCGAAUAGCAAAUUUCGAGGGCGAGGAUAGUGGAUGUACUGCCGGUCAAGUGUUAGACAAUUAUCCGGAGGGGCGAGUGAAAGUAUGGUGGAUCGACGAUCACGUUAGCAUGUGCUGGCCACAGGAUCUGUACAAGGUCGGCGAGUACGAUAGCGACGAGGGGGAACUGUGGGACGAGGUAUCGUCCGACUCGUCGUGGGAGACGGAAUUGGAGGAUUGCUUCAUCGCGGACAACGACGGUACCGAGCAGACGGAAUUGGAUAACAUAAAACCGAAAUUGGCGGCGCACAUCGAGAAAGCUAGGAUCGCAAUGUCGAGAUUGGAAGAGAUUUUCACGCAAAACCCGUCCCUGCAGACGACCGAGGUGAUGAGGAAGCUUCUCGAGGUCUACAAGGAUUGCCGUUACAUGGAUAAACUAAUGGGCACCGCGUUCUUUCACGAGUGCCACUUUCAGGGACUUCUCGAGCGAGUGAGAGAACGCGGCAGGGCGAACGUCGCGCAGCGUAUGGCGGAUCAGGUCACGAGGCUCUUCACGCCCAAGUCCGAGUAUCCAGAGGAAUUUGUGGAAAGCGUAGAUAAGGAUGAUUCGAAAAAGUCGAGCAACGACGAUGAUCCGUGUGCAGUUAGCGUGGCGGAGAAGCAAAUUACCACGAUUAUCAACGAAUCGGAGAACGACAAUAUUCCAAGUAUCGAAAGCAAUGCCAAAAAGCAGAACGACGAGGAGAACGUUAACCGAUUAUUUAUAUGUCCCAAUCCCAACCCCGAGGAUUCCGGAUUGUAUUCGGCGGAGAACUCGAAGAAGGAAUCGGGCUCGAGCGAGUCCAGCGGGGAGUUCCUCAUAAGCGAGGACGUCAACAACGUACCGGAGUGCUCGUCCACGUCGAUGAUAAACGGUAUCACCUCGCCCGAGAAGACGCCGGAGGCGAGCAAAGUGAAGAAAGUGCCGACGAGUCUGCUGACGUCUCAGAGUAUCGGAACGUCGCAGGUGUGCGUCAAACUUUGUAAUUUGAUAAAGGCACAGCUCGUGUUGGCGCACGCCGAGGUGUCGAAGAGAUUCGGCUUGGGGAAGAUGUCACUGUCGGACGCGGAGAAGACCUCGUCUUCCCCGCGGAAGAAGCAGAAGGGCGAGAAGGAGGAGGAGGAACGCGUGGAAACGAUGACGGAUCCGUCCUGCUCGAUCGAGGUUCCGCCGACGAUCUACACCGAGGGCGAGGGCUUCACCAUCGAGGAGUCCGCGCCCGACAGCCACAAGUUCAAGCUGACCAUGUUCCAGCCCACCGAUCUGUCCAACUUCUUCCGCACGGUCUCCAAAGAAUUGAAGCUGCUCAAGAGCUCGCUACCGCCGGGGGUCUGGGUGAAGGGAUUUGAGGACCGUAUAGAUCUGUACUCCGUGAUGUUCCGCGGCCCCGAGAAGACGCCCUACGAGGACGGGCUUUUCCUCUUUGAUUUCCAGUUGUCCGCCGAUUAUCCGGUCGCCCCGCCCCUCUGCCACUACAUCUCCUACUGCAGCGAUCGGCUGAAUCCGAAUCUCUAUGAGGACGGGAAGGUGUGCGUGAGUCUGCUGGGCACCUGGUCCGGCCGUGGCACAGAGGUGUGGACGAGCUCGUCAACUCUGUUGCAAGUGAUAGUUUCGAUACAGGGUCUAAUCCUCGUGAGUGAGCCGUACUUCAACGAGGCCGGCUUCGAGAAGCAGAAGGGCUCGCAGCAAGGACGCGAAAACUCGAGGAUGUACAACGAGAUGGUGGUGCUGAAGCUGGUGCAGGCGCAGACUAAGCUAUUGCUACAUCCACCACCUGUAUUCAAGGAUAUAAUCAUCAUGCACUUCAAAAAACACGCCGAGAAAUUGCUGCAGAGAUUGGAGCUGUGGAUGGAGAUAUCUGAGCAGCACAACAAUCAGCACCCGCUGUCCCCGGUUACUCCCACCACGUUCAAGGAAAUUGCAGAUAUCGACCAGAAAGUAUUGCCCGAAUUCCCGCUCAUCCCGGCAUCUCGAGGUUUCUGCAUAACUCUCCGCAAAACUCUAGCAACGUUCAAAUCAGUGCUCAUUAAGAAAAGUAUAAUACAGAGGUCGGAUGACUGGCAGGACAAUGAAAGUACCGCAGAGUUAAUGAACAAUAUCGCAAAUCAGUGCCAAGAAUCGUCUGAGUCUGUUGACAGUAAGGUAGCAGAAUGUAAUGGGAGUGGUAGUAACAGCAAUAGCAACAGCAAUACGCAAGAAAAUAGCGAAAAGCCGACCUUGAAUGGCAAUCAGUUCAAGGAACCGAUGUUAUCUUCCGCAACGAAUAAUUUCGCCGCGGCGCCGAGCGAAACGAAAAAGAAUACUUCGAGCCAAAACACCAGCUAGCCACAAGGUAAAAGUAAGCAUAAGUCGAAAUGCUUAGCCCGUUUAAAUUACAUGGCUAUUCGGUAAUAAAAGAGAUCCAAAUAUAUUUAUUGGAAUGCAUAUAUAUAUAUAUAUAUGUGUAUAUUCUCUAUUAUAUAUACAUAUAUGUAUACACAUUCUCUGAUAACUUAUUGCAUACGGAAUUUUGAAUCAUACACACACUCAUAUACACACACACACACACUCUUGCGAUACGUAUCUAUUGAUGGUAUAACGAUGCGAUAAUUCCUAAAUAAAAACUCCACGUCAGUUAUUGCUCUACAGCUAGAGAAAUGUUUUGAGAAAAUAACCAUAGCGACACCUAAAAGCGCGAUUAUAGUUAUAAAAUAAAUGGAACGUGCGCACACGCACAUACAUAUAACGCACAUACAUACAUGAUUUCGUAUACUAUCUAGACGAACUGUAAAAUUCACAUUCAAUAUCCGGCAUUAACUUAAAAA